AUGACAUCCCUAUCCUUAAUUUCUGGCUUCUUCGGUUCUUUUCCUGGCUUCCUAUUCUUCCCUCCUUUUCUGGCUUCUUCCGGUUCUUUUCUGGCUUCCUAUUCUUCCUUAUUUUUCUGGCUUCCUAUUCUUCCGUGUCAUCUAUCACUUAAUUUCUGGCUUCUUCCGGUUAUUUUCUGGCUCCCUAUUCUUCGUGACAUCCUAUCCUUAAUUUCUGGCUUCUUCCGGUUCUUUUCCUGGCUUCCUAUUCUUCCUGACAUCCUAUCACUUAAUUUCUGGCUUCUUCCGGUUAUUUUUCUGGCUUCCCUAUUCUUCCGUGACAUCCCUAUCCUUAAUUUCUGGCUUCUUCCGGUUCUUUUCCUGGCUUCCUAUUCUUCCGUGACAUCCCUAUCCUUAAUUUCUGGCUUCUUCCUUUUUGGCUUUUUCUUCUGGCUUCCUAUUCUUCCAAAUUUCUGGCUUCUUUCGGUUCUUUUCCUGGCUUCCUAUUCUUCCGUGACAUCCCUAUCACUUAAUUUCUGGCUUCUUCCGGUUCUUUUCCUGGCUUCCUAUUCUUCCGUGACAUCCCUAUCACUUAAUUUCUGGCUUCUUCCGGUUAUUUUCCUGGCUUCCUAUUCUUCCGUGACAUCCCUAUCACUUAAUUUCUGGCUUCUUCCGGUUAUUUUCCUGGCUUCCUAUUCUUCCGUGACAUCCCUAUCACUUAAUUUCUGGCUUCUUCCGGUUAUUUUCCUGGCUUCCUAUUCUUCAGGACAUCCCUAUCACUUAAUUUCUGGCUUCUUCUGCCUUCUUUGGGUUAUUUUCCUGGCUUCCUAUUCUUCCGUGACAUCCCCUUUAAUUUCUGGCUUCUUGGGUUCUUUUCCUGGCUUCUUAUUCUUCCGUGACAUCCUAGGCUUCUUCGACGAAACAUCCUAUCACUUAAUUUCUGGCUCCUUCGUUUCUUUUCCUGGCUUCCUAUUCUUCCCUCCGGACGGCUUCCUGUUCUUCCGUGACAUCCCUAAGAGACCACUUCCUAUUCUUCCUUUUUGGCUUCUUUUGGUUCUUUUCCUGACUUCCUAUUCUUCCGUGACAUCCUAUCUGCUUAAUUUCUGUCUCCUUCCGGUUCUUUUCGUGGCUUCCUAUUCUUCCGUGACAUCCCUAUCACUUAAUUUUGGCUUGACCGGCAUCCUAUUCUUCCGUGACAUCCCUAUCGUAAUUUCUGGCUUCUUCCUUUUCAAAGGUUCCUAUUUUCCUGGGCCAUCCCUAUCACUUAAUUUCUGGCUUCUUUGGGUUCUUUUCCUGGCUUCCUAUUCUUCCGUGACAUCCCUAUCACUUAAUUUCUGGCUUCUUCCGGUUCUUUUCCUGGCUUCCUAUUCUUCCGUGACAUCCCUAUCACUUAAUUUCUGGCUCCUUCCGGUUCUUUUCCUGGCAUCCUAUUCUUCCGUGACAUCCCUAUCACUUAAUUUCUGGCUCCUUCCGGUUCUUUUCCUGGCAUCCUAUUCUUCCGUGACAUCCCUAUCACUUAAUUUCUGGCUUCUUUGGGUUCUUUUCCUGGCUUCCUAUUCUUCCGUGACAUCCCUAUCACUUAAUUUCUGGCUUCUUCCGGUUCUUUUCCUGGCUUCCUAUUCUUCCGUGACAUCCCUAUCACUUAAUUUCUGGCUCCUUCGGUUCUUUUCCUGGCAUCCUAUUCUUCCGUGA